GCAGCAGCACCUCGGUGGUGUCUGCAGGUCAGGCUGCAGUGAAACAUCAUGGUAAAUCGCCUGUAGGUGCUUCAACCGAGUGAUUGCAAGGAGGAGCGCAGGCAAACUGGACGCUAAUAGCAAGCAUAACCUAUGGAAAACUGAGGAGUGGAGUCAUAACUUCCAGCCACUGAUGACAAUCUGUGUUGUGAUUGGCCGGAGCAAUGGCAGUCAGCAAGGAAAAGCUGGAGGGGGCCAGAAGGGUGUCCAAGGUCGCCACCCCUCCAGAGGGAGGCUGGGGCUGGAUGAUUGUUGCUGGAUGUUUUCUCGCCACUAUCUGCAUUCGAGCAGUCACCAGAUGUGUUUCCAUGUUCUUUGUGGAGUUCCAGCUGCACUUUGAGAAAGAUUAUUCAACAACAGCCUGGAUCCACAGCCUGGUCGACUCCACCACCAUGCUCUGUGCUCCUUUGGGUAGUUUCCUUGGCAACCGUCUCUCCUGCAGAGCUACAGUGAUCCUUGGAGGUCUGCUGUCCUCUACUGGUCUGGUUCUCAGCUCCUUUGCCUCCAGUGUGGAGCAUCUGUACAUCACCAUGGGUAUCCUCACAGGUCUUGGCUUUGCUCUCAGCUACACACCAGCAGUAGCAAUGGUUGGGAGUUAUUUCAGUGAGAGGAAAGCUCUGGCCUAUGGACUCGCCCUGUCUGGUAAUGGCAUCGGGACUUUCAUCCUGGCACCUGCAGUCCAGCUGCUUAUUGAGUGUUAUUCCUGGAGGGGAGCUCUGCUUGUUUUGGGAGGAUUUGUUUCAAACCUGUGUGUCUGUGGAGCUCUCAUGAGGCCAUUGGCAUCAAGACAAGGUGAAAGGAUAUUGGAGAAGAACAUGGAAAACCUGGAGAAGGACUGCAAAACAACAAUGCAGGAUUCCAAAAACACGAAACAAGAGACAACACUAAAAGAGAUCAGUCCCCUAAAUUCUAAAAUAGCAAAUUGCAACACUAUUGUGGACUUAAAAUCAGUGAAAUAUAUGAACUUAAAGAACAAAGCAGCUGACUUCAAUGCUAAAAAAGAAGAAUCAGGACUUAGAGAAGCCAAACUACUGGAUCCCCAUGUGUUUGAUGACACCAAUAGCCAUUCCACUGAGGCUUUACUGAACACAAAAACUUCAUCCAGAGGCCGUUUUCUCUGCCUGAGGUCCACAGAGGAGUUUGGGUUUCUGCUGUUACCUGACUUUCUGUUUUUGUCAGUUUCUCUCUUGUUUCUGGCUUAUGGCUGCAGCACUCCAAUGGUUUACCUGGUCCCUUAUGCCCUCAGUGUGGGGGUGGGACCUCAGCAGGCUGCCCUCCUCAUGUCUUUAUUUGGAGUCAGUGGCAUUGUGGGUAACAUCACCUUUGGCUGGAUCACGGACAGGAAGUGUCUGAAAAGAUACCGCGUGUUGACCUACAUGGUAGCAGUUGGCAUGGAGGGUCUCUGCUGUAUGUGCCUCCCCCUCCUCAACUCCUUCUCCCUCCUGCUCAUGUUUUCUAUACUCUAUGGAUACUUUGAUGGGGCAUAUGUCACUCUCAUCCCAGUGGUUACCUCUGAUGUGGUGGGCUCCACCUACCUGACCUGUGCUCUCGGUGUGGUCUACUUCCUGCAUGCUGCUCCCUACCUAGUCAGCCCACCAAUAGGAGGUUGGUUUGUAGACAUGACAGGAAACUACGCUGCCACCUUCUUCAUCAGUGGGGCUUCCUUCAUGUUCAGCUCUGUGAUAUUAGCAGCUGCCGUGUUAGUCAAACACUGUCAAAGGGUCAAAUCAAACUCAGAUCAAACUUGAUGUGGCUUAGCACAGCAUUAUGACAAAAGAUUUUAUCCUAUCUCUUUUGUAUAUCAACCUUGACUUCUAUGUGGGUUUACAAAGAAAAGUGCUUAAUGUCAUAUGUCACUGUUGAUGCUCAGAAUGCUCCAAAGAAACCAAAGCUAUCAGACUGUGCCUUUGAUUUCAUAAGAAAAGAAGUUGUGACUAAGGGGAUUGUGUAACAAUGAGUUAUAUUUUUGUAUGUUUAUUUUGUAAUGACAGUAUUAUUUCUGUAAAACUAAAGUUUUUCUUCUCUGAAACCAAAGUUUGUGACAUGGAUGCCCAUUUGUAAUUCAGAGACAUUGAAAAAAAAAUGUUUUUUAAAAGUAAUUAUAUUUACAAACUGACUACAGAUAGAUUAUAUUUUGUUAUUGUGUUUUCAAAAUGUGAGCAAUUUCAGAA